AUGGUCCUGGUCACAUCCCCCCGACAAACAGCCGGAGACUGUGACAGCUCCUCACAGCAACAGGAGAUGUCUCUGGUCACAGGCUGGCUGUGGGAGGAGUACCCUGAACAGAACCAUGUCUUCUCCUUCAGUAGUCUAUAUCUACAGAACCCUGAACAGAACCCUGUCUUCUCCUUCAGUAGUCUAUAUCUACAGACCCUGAACAGAACCAUGUCUUCUCCUUCAGUAAUCAUCUGUGGUCGCCAGGUGAUGUGUAGUUACCUGUCUCAGGACAUUGAUCUGCGGGUGAUGCAGCACUAUGUGAAUCCAGAAGGCCAGACGGUGGUUAAGGAACAUGUUGACUGUCUGGAGGCCGGGAGGAAGCUGUCCUCCUACGUCCUGGAGGACUCAGAGCUGACAGAGCUGUGUGUCAGAGCCAGAGGAGACGAGGACUGGUCUCGGGAUGUCAGACUGGAGAGGAAGGAGAAGAAGAGGGGGAGUAGCUCUGUGGUACAGGUGCCUUGUUCCAGCGGCUCGUUGCUCUACGUGUGGUGCACCCUGAUCACCAUGGAAACUGACUCGCACAUGCAGCAGAGAGUGGUGGUAUUUAGUCCUCUGUUCAUGAUGCGUAGCCACCUUCCAGACCCUGUCAUCAUCCACACAGAGAAGAGAAGUCUGGGGCUGAGAGAGAGUCAGCUGAUCCAGGGACAGGGACACCAGGAACAACUACUGAACACUGAGAAUGACCUGACACACCACCUCACCUUCCAGGCCAGUGAGGACGAGGGCGCGUCUCACUGUGCGGUGCCCAUCUCCACCGCUGUGAUCAAACAGAUAGUGAACAGGAACCAGGCUGGGCUGGAGGACGGUCAGGAACACAUACUGGCAGACUUCUACGGUGUGAAGAACAGCAGCCAGCCUCCAUGGCCCUACGUCAGCAAGGACACAGACAGGCCUGGAUCAGAGGUCCUAGCCCAGUGGGACAGUCCCAUGCAGGUGAAGUUAUCCGUCUGGAGGUCUGGUCUCAACACUCUACUUGUAGAGCUCAUUCCCUGGGCCCUGUUGACCAACCACUCUACAUGGGACCUCUGGCUGUUUGAAGGAGAGACCAUCGUCCUGCAGAUACCUGCUGGAAAGACCCUGGUUCCUCCUAACUUCAAGGAGGCGUUCCAGCUGGGUAUCUACUGGUCCAACACGAACACGGUCCAUAAGUCUACAGCCCUGAAGCUGGUCCAUGACCUGACGUCUCCGCGCUGGAAGGAAGGUGUCAGUCCUGAGGUCCUUACCCUGGACGAGGAGGGCUGUGUGGAGACAGAGAUCCACCUGGGGAGGAGCCCUGGAAGACAGAAGGUUUGUCAGUUCUGCGUGUCGUCUGUGGUGAGACACGGCAUCCAGAUCAUCCAGAUAGAAGACAGGACCAUCCUGGUUAACAACACCCCCUACUUCCUGUCAUGUAGAGCCCUACUGUCUGACCAGGCCCUGGGGACCACAGACCAGGUAACACCCCCUACUUCCUGUCAUGUAGAGCCCUACUGUCUGACCAAGCCCUGGGGACCACAGACCAGGUAACACCCCCUACUUCCUGUCAUAUAGAGCCCUACUGUCUGACCAGGCCCUGGGGACCAUAGACCAGGUAACACCCCCUACUUCCUGUCAUAUAGAGCCCUACUGUCUGUCCAGGCCCUGGGGACCACAGACCAGGUAACACCCCCUACUUCCUGUCAUAUAGAGCCCUACUGUCUGACCAGGCCCUGGGGACCACAGACCAGGUAACACCCCCUACUUCCUGUCAUAUAGAGCCCUACUGUCUGUCCAGGCCCUGGGGACCACAGACCAGGUAACACCCCCUACUUCCUGUCAUAUAGAGCCCUACUGUCUGUCCAGGCCCUGGGGACCACAGACCAGGUAACACCCCCUACUUCCUGUCAUAUAGAGCCCUACUGUCUGUCCAGGCCCUGGGGACCACAGACCAGGUAACACCCCCUACUUCCUGUCAUAUAGAGCCCUACUGUCUGUCCAGGCCCUGGGGACCACAGACCAGGUAACACCCCCUACAUCCUGUCCUCUCGACCUCUACUGUCUGACUAGGAACCAUUCUCACCGACGGGGCUGCAGUGGAGUAGGUUGAGAGUUUCAA